UAGAUCAUUAAAAGUUAUUACUCACGGAUUGAAGCUGAAGAAGUUUGCCGAAGUUCCUGUGCCAGAUCCUGUAGAGCAUUGGAUUCGGGAAUCUGGGCUGAUGCAUCUAUCUUCAGGCUACCUCACUAUGGCUGAUGCUGGUCUGAUAUUCCGCAUUUGUUGAAAGAUGGCACAGAGAGAUCAACUCAUUUCAUCUGCCAUUUGGAGAGAUGACUAUCACUUUAGACGACGUCGCGACUCUCCUACAUAUCUCACCACAUGGUAAAUUUUUUGAUGCACCUGCCAAUAUGAACACUAAUACUGCUGCAAGAGCUGCACAAGAGUACUUAGAUGCAACAUGGGAGGAAACAUGUGCUGAGAUUAGUUAUAAUAAAUGUGUCCAAUAUAGAUUGCAAUGGUUGCGUGAUUUAUAUAGCCGUCUCAUUUAAACUAACCAGUUUGAGUGUGCGGCUAGAACGUAUCUGUUGCAUUUAGUUGGCUGCACUAUUUUCGCCGAUAAAACACAUACGCAUGUUGAGGCGGAAUACAUUACUCUUUUUAUUGAUUUACAUCGUUGUCGGGACUACUCGUGGGCUUCUGCGGCAUUGGUUUUCCUUUAUGACAAUCUGGGAGAUGGAGCUAUCCACGACACUCGACAAGUGGGAGGUUACAUGAUCCUACUACAGUGUUGGAUUUACGAGCACUUCCCUAGGAUCUGUAAGCGGGGUGAUAGAUGAGCGGUUCCUGCACAUCUUCCAAGAGCAUGUAGAUGGACUCCAAACAUGCUGUUGAAGGUGGAUUGAUGGCAUAUCGUCAGAGACUUGAUGCGUUGUUGCUCGAGGAUGUAGUAUUUACACCAUAUGAUAUGAUCAAGCUAAUCAUCCGUUUGUAUCGAUUUCGAUGUUUUCUGGAUAUCUUCGAUGUGGUAGAGUCUCAGUCCCAUAUUUGCUAGAGCGAUGUCUUCGACAAUUUGGUCGUAUUCAGUGCAUUCCGCGUGACGUUCCUCCGAUGCCGAACAAUAUAGAUUGGGCCUGGCAGAGUACUAUGAGAUCAGCUGUAGAGACCUUUCAGAGACUAUAUCCUGUUGCGACUUUUCCUGAGGACACUGCAGACUACUAUGCAUGGUACAUUAGUGUUUCACAUCCUCUGAUUCUCCCUCCAUCCACUAUUGCACCUUCGAGUCCACAUACUGCUGCUGCUGCACAUGCUGGUCCAUCAUCUUCUGCACAUGCUGGUAGAGACCGUAGAGACCGUAAAGCAGUUGAGCUUGCACAUAGGGCCUUAGAUAUGAUAACACCAUUUAGUGAGAUUCAUGACAUAUUAAGUGAAUUAUGUCGCUUGUAUGACGAUUAGUUAUUGUGUUAUGUAUGUCUGAAUAUUCAAUCGAUAAUUUUAUAUUGAGAUAUUUUGA